UGCACACACAGCAGAGAGGUGAGAGGAGAAGAGGAGUGUAGAGACUACCGCGAUUCACCGACCUGAAACCGGCACGUAGUGCGCACACUUCACUGCCAAAAUAUGCCGUAGGCUGUUACACCCAGCCACGGGCUUGACAUUUCUUUUCAACUGAAGUAAAAACGGACUGGCAAUGGGCGAAAAAAACACGGAUACCGCGCUAACGUUGGCGUUAAGUCCUUGCCGCCGCUCCUUUCUCCUGCCUUUCGUCUGUAGAGGAAAUCAUAAGUCUGCGUUCAGGAGAAAAAUGGAGCCGUGAUCGAGGAUUAAACUAUAUCUCAUAAAAAAAAGCUUUUGGUGUCUUUUGGGUCUUUAGCUUGAAAGUUUUAGGACAUCGUCACGUCGCUCGGUGCUAACAGCGCCGCCAGUUGUGCAGCACGCAGCCAUGUGUACGAGAGAUUUAGUAGAAAAUGAGGAUUGGACGUGAGCUACGUGCGCAUCUGGGAGUAGACGAGAUGAAAUGGAGAGCUUGGGCAGCGCGGACCUUUUAGACGAAAGCUCUUCUUGCGGGAACGCUAGCGUUUGCUCCAAGCCCGAGAUAGUGGCCCACGGCUCGGCAGAGGGCCAUGCGGCGGUGAACAUGGGGGUGAAUGCGUACUGCGGGGCCGCGGCUGGCAGCAGCACGGCCGCUGAGCUGCUUGCGGAUCUGGCCUCUAAAACGGUGGGGCCCGGAAUCACAGUGCUGAAGAAAGAGGCCAAAACCGGCUUGCCGUUGUGCAACGGAGAGGUAGUGUCCCCUUCCGCCACUACAGAGGGGAACCACAAUGGGGUCCCAGCCCAGAUGCCCAAUGGCUAUAAACAGCUAAAAGGACUGGGCGAAACUCAGAAUGGCCUCAUGCUGAGGCCGGUGGAGAAUUCGGACAGAAUCACUCCGCCACAUGACAAAUGCCCGCUUCUGACGAAGCGAGUAAAUGGGGACUUGAAAUGCAGGCAGCCGCAGAAUCAGAGACGGAAAGAUGACGAGAACAGGGCCACUGGGUCUUGGGCUCUAGAUGAAGCCAACGUGGGUGUAGGGUCAUCCAGUACUUCAGAAGUGACCAAUGGACCAGACACUUGUCCACCUCCUGAGUGCAAAAGAAGGAAGCUGGAAGCUGAGGCUAAAGCGGAGAGUGGAAAAAGCACGCAGGCCGUAGUGCCCUUUGCAGCAAACAGUCAGCACAACAGUCACUGCAGCACUGUGUCGUCACCCAACAGAGUCCACCACAACAACAGGCACAGAGUGACAGGCAACGCGUCCACUUCAGAUGCAUCCUCCAUGCCUCCGCUGGUGGGAGCUGCACCUGGUUGGUCUGCAGAGCGCAUCGCCCAGCUGUACAUUGUGCCUUGUAUGAAGUACUAUGGCAUCUUUGUUAAAGAUGGCUUCUUGGGCCCACGACUAGGGGACCGGGUCCUAAAGGAGGUGGAGACCCUAAAUCGCAGUGGGAAGUUUCGUGGAGGACAGCUGGUGAGCCAGAGGAGCAUCCCCUCUAAGAAUAUCCGUGGAGACCAGAUAGCCUGGGUGGAGGGCAAAGAACCAGGCUGUGAAAGUAUUGGCACCCUCAUGGCUCACAUCGACGAGGCUAUUAUGCACAGUUCAGCAAAUGGACAGCUUGGGAAUUAUGUUAUUAAUGGCCGCACUAAGGCUAUGGUGGCGUGUUACCCUGGCAGCGGCACAAGAUACGUGCGUCACGUGGAUAACCCAAACGGAGACGGACGCUGCAUUACCUGUAUAUACUAUCUAAAUAAGGACUGGGACGUGAAGGUUCAUGGGGGCUUAUUGCAGCUCUACCCAGAGGGCCGAAAUGUCGUUGCUAACAUUGAACCGCUGUUUGACCGUCUGCUCAUUUUCUGGUCAGACCGGCGGAACCCUCAUGAGGUGAAGCCAGCCUACGCCACACGCUAUGCCAUCACUGUUUGGUACUUUGACGCAAAGGAGCGGGCUGAGGCCAAGGAAAAGUACAGACUGGCUACAGGACAGAAAGGGGUUGAAGUGCGAGUCACCCAAAGCGAUAACACCUAAGCGCUCACCAGCUCAGGCAGCACAGUGUGUCCUUCCAUGUAUGUGCCUACGCAUGCUGCUAUCUGGACAACUGUUUCACGUGGAGACACAGUGAGCAUGAUAGGCAGCAAGGUCAAUGCAGCCAAAUAAUCCCAACAACUUCUACUGGCCUCGGACUGACCAAUCACAAACACUUUGGUGAGAUUCUGUUGGCCGUUGGAGAGACCGGGAUGGAGGCUGAGAUGACUCAAAGGAUUGCUAAUGGAUUGGUUUCAGACUCUGUCAGUAAAACUCAGCUUGACCAUGACUGAAGGGCUGAAAACUUGUGGAUUUUUUCUCACUAUGGUGAGAAGUCAAAUACGGAAAUGCCAAAAAGGGCCGUUAUUGGACUUUUUGCCUCUUUCUAUUAGAUACUGUUCUUGCAUAGUAAGAAAUCAGAUUCUCUCUGGUCACACAUGCUCCUAAUAUGCAUUAGCACGUCCUGAUGUAGAAGACAGCUCAGUUCGGACCCUGCCAGGUUGGAAGGAGACAUCAGCAGGCUUGAUCCUAACCAUAUCGCAGCCUCCAAGAACUGACAGUGCUUCUGAGCACUAAGAAAUGAAAAUGACCACCGUUUUCACCAAGACUGACAUCUGACUAACACAGAGGAUCUUUACACAGUAUCUGGCAAGGUUUGCAGACAUUUCAGAGUCAACAGAGAACCUUAUGACUGCUGGUACUGAAAGCAAGAGCUUGCCCAUACUUGAGCUUUCACACUCAAACAUGCCUCCACUGACACAUACCAGUGUAUCACAUGGAGGAGGCAUUGAGGCUGUACAGCAGGAGGGUUGAAACAGGGUUCACUGAAUGUGACCAUUUUGUUUGUGUAUGGAUGUGUGCGUGUGCGUUUGCAAGUGAGAAUGUUAGCUAGUCUUUCAUGGCUUACCAUUGCCUGUAAUAAUGUUCUUUUAAACUAAAUGGCCUUCUCUUGUUAGGGAGCACAGGCUGAGUGAUGUUUGAACCUGAUAUGUGCUAGUAUGCCUUUAAGAGGCCUCUCUGAGAGUCAGUGGCGAUGCACUCGACUGAGUCACCUUUAAGAAACAGGGAGCUGACAAUCUCUUACUCCAAGAGUCAUAACAAAUAACUGAAUAUUCAUCGCUCAAUAAAGUACACUGGCAUAGCUCAAGUCAGCACACAGUACAUCACUACCCUGUUAGAACUCAGCCUCUCUAUCCUUGUGCCUACAUUUCCCAGAAGGUAAAAGAAAUGAAAGGAAUAUGAAAUUGUGGUGGAUAAGAGUAGGAUGAUAAAGGUAAUACACCUUGAGAUUUUGGUAUGUUGUCUGUGUACCAAAUGGAAUUAGUUUGACCCCACCAGAGAAAAUGGUCCAAGAUGGCCUGAAAUUACCAGAACAGGAUUUGUGAUAAUAUGUUGGUGACAUUUUGCAUCACCACUAGUUUAUGAGGAGAAUCAAAAACAUCAGCAAAGCACAAGCAUAUGCAUCAAAAAAUCUUUUUGUCAAAUUCCUUUUACCGUUCAAAGAAAAUGUACCUAUGUGGAAAAUAUAUGGAAUUAUUUCAAAGAUACAGCAUGUGAUGUAUAUCUUCCAUGAUAGUUAUAUUGCCUUCGAUUAUGUUUCAAGUAGUUCUCCUUUUUUAAGAACACAUGAAAUCCUGACUUAUACUUUUCCUAAAAUUCAAAUGUCAAUUAAACAUCAAAACUGAGUCCAGGGUCAAAAAAAGUCCAGUUGGUAUUGUGAAAUGUCUUUGUUAGUAAAGUGCUGACAGAUUGGCUAGUGAAAGUAGACUGUAUCAUGAGAGUGAGUGUAGACUUUGUUGUGUCCAAGAGAUAUUUGCAGAUGGUCAGAGAAGUCAUUAACAAAGCACUUUAUUGUACAGUGAUGUUUGAAUGAGAGAGAAAAUAUAUGGAAACUGCUUUGUGCUGUGUAUAACAUGAUAAUUAAAAUGCAAUAGACAAUUUUAAAACAAUGGAGAACAAAUUAAAUAUUUGCUUAAUUUUUCUCAGUUUUGCAGUAUUUAAUUAAAACCGUGUAUCUGAUUUUCUA